AUGAUCUCAGGCGGUUGUGGAGAAUAUCUAGCUGGUGGAGUGGCAGACGUGAUUACGCGGAGGCGCGCGGCGCUGAAGGGAGGUCAGGAGCGGUCAGCCGGUUUUCACGGGAAUUAUCGAGGAAUCUCUUUGUUGCGUGUUAUGUACAAGGUACUGGAGCGCAUUAUCCUGGACCGACUCAUUAAACAUCGCGAAGAAACAACGCGCAACGAGCAAGCUGGCUUUAGUCCUGGCCGAUCUACGAUUGACCAGAUGUUCAUCGUCAGGAGAGCGAUCGAAAUCUGGCAGCGAACAGUCGACCAGUGUUCUGCCGACAUUGUCUUAGCACCAUCAGGGUACCCGUUGACUGACCUCGAGUACGCCGACGAUGUUAUAUUCGCGGAAAGCAGCACGAAACUUCAACAUGUCAACCUUGUAUCGAAGCUGGCUGCAGCCUAUGGACUACGUCUACGCACUGAUAAAUGCAAGCACAUGUGGAUCUCUUCGAGAGAUCGAGCGGAAAUCAGGGUGGACGGACAACCGAUAGAACUCGUCGAUGAGUUCUGUUACCUGGGCUGUAUGCUGAAGAACAACGGCAGCUACGAGAGAGAUGUUCAGCAAAGAUGCGCUAAGGCCACUUCUGCAUUUAACUCUUUAACGAAAUGUCUGUGGUCGACCCCCAUCACCAACGAAGUCAAGCUGCGAGUCUACUUAUCCACAAUUCGCCCCAUCAUGAUGUACGGAUCGGAGACUUGGGCAGCAACAUCAACGGUAAUGGAGAGGCUUGACUCAAUUCUAAUCGGUAUCGAUACUCCAUACAGAAGCAAUACCAGACAUAGCGUGCUCCUGCUAGACAUGUUUCGCACCUCAUUAAACGACGAGGGUCGAAGAUGGACGAUGUGA